CUGGGUGUCUUUAUGACAGUAGUAGGGAGAGGUCCUGUUGAAGAUGAGGAUAUAAGUCCUGGCAUGAGGAGCCUGAGACCAGAAGCUUCUCCAGCUGAGAAGAGAGAUGGAGUUUAGAAUGAGGUUCACAUUGCUGAUGCUCUGCUGCUCUUAUGUUGCUGUGGCCACGGCUCAAGUGACAGAGAUGCCAGGAUGGGCAACUCAGACAUCAGCAGGUAAACCUGAAUUAUGUUUCCUUCCCCCGGAUGAGGGAACAAAUGAAGAUGGACUGUUCAUGAUCUACCUCUACUACGACGCUGUGAAGGACAAGUGCUACCCGUUCAAGUACUUCGGCAGUGGAGGCAACGCCAACUGCUUUGUGUCUGAAAGGGACUGCAUACGGAACUGCUCUGCCAACGCUAACGCUCUAUACCCCUCCCCAGAAUCUAAGGCCUGCCACCUACCCAAGACUUCGGGGGAGUGUUUUGGUCAGUAUCUGCGUUAUUACUACGACGCCCAGCAAAAGAGAUGCAGGAAGUUCAUCUGGACAGGCUGUGUUGGCAACGGCAACCGCUUCCUGGACGAGCUGUCCUGCAAUAGCACAUGCCAUGGCAUCGAAGGUCAAGAGCCAGAACCUUGUGACCACUACACGGUCCUGAAUGACACCUGGAGGGCCACCACCAACCAGGACCAGUCAGACCUCAAGUGUGACCAACACGUCCAGUGGCGCGGCUGGUACCGCAUGUUCUAUCAGGGGCAGAGUGUCCGCAUGCCAGACAGCUGUGUGCCUGAAGGUCAUUGUGGUACUAAUGCACCCCUGUGGCUGAAUGGCACACACCCAAGACAAGAGGAUGGUAUCGUCACUAGGGAGGUGUGUGGAAGCUGGACAAAUGGUUGUUGCCACUUCGCAUCGACAUACAUCCGGGUGAAAAUGUGUCCAGGAAACUAUGCCGUUUAUGAACUAGUGAGACCUUCAACUUGCCAUCUUGCAUACUGUGCAGAUGUGUCCAGUGCUCAACCCACUCCAGCUCCUACAACUCCAAUUACAAACCCACCGUGUGGAGAUCUGAGUAGUUCUGGAUCUUUCUCCAGUCCCUACUACCCAAACUAUUACCAUGACAACGCCUACUGUGUGUGGAGGCUGUCUGCUCCCCCUGGCCAGAGGGUUCUGCUUCUCUUCACAGAUCUGGAGCUGGAGGGAUGUUGUGACUGUGACUACAUCAGCGUCUAUGAUGGUCCCUCAACAAGCUCCAGUCAGCUGGGUCGCCUCUGUGCCAACUCCACAGCGGACGCCUUCCACUCCUCCUCCAAUCACAUGACAGUACUCUUCAGAAGUGACUCCUCAUUGGUUAGCAGAGGAUUCCGUGCUGAGUUCAUUAGCUCUCUGUCACCGAGUAAAGGUAAUGUCGAGUGUUCUCGGAGCCACAUGACCAUCACCAUCUCUCUGUCUUUCCUGAGUUCUGAAGGAUUCCAUGGAGAUGAUCUGUAUGUUAACGAUCCCAACUGUCGCCCAACUCAGAACAGCUCCCAGGUCACAUUCAGAUUCCAUCUCAAACAAUGUGGAACCAGCAGAAAGAUCCAAAAUGGCUGGGUGGUGUAUGCCAACGACGUCCGCACCUACCCAAACGACACGCAGGACAUCACCUACCUGCCCCAGUUGCACCUGUCCGUGGGGUGCCACAUGGAGAAGGACGCCGUGUCACAGGUCAUGUACGUGGCCCACAACCGACUAGAGUUCAACGUGACCGGGACGGGCCUCUUCAACACCUCCAUGGCCUUCUACACCUCCAGUAACUUCUACGACCAAGUUCACGCCGACCCUUACUAUGUGUCUCUGGGCGACUACAUGUAUGUGCAGGUGAGGCUUGGGGAGCCAGACAGCAGUCUCGUGGUGUUCCUGGACACCUGUGUGGCCUCACCAACCCCUGAUGACGACCAGCACCAACACUCACAUUACCUGCUGCUCAACGGGUGCCCGGCGGACAGCACGUACUACUCCUACACGAGCGGUUCUAACUACUACGCUCGGUUCCAUUUCCGAGCCUUCACGUUCCUCCGCACGUACCCCUCGGUCUACCUGCGGUGCAAGGUGGUCAUCUGUGCCUCCGGUGACCCCGGUUCCCGGUGCCGGCAGGGCUGCCGCAGCAGGCGCGUUGCCAGGCAACUGGACCCUCAGCUGGACACGACCACCAUGGUGCUGGGGCCCAUCAAGUUCAGAGAUCCUGAGCAGCUGGAGGACUUGGUGGCAAAGGCAGACGCCUGAAGAACCCACUGACGAUGUCAUCAGCCCAAACUAAUCAAUCAUAUCUUUUCCUCCUCAACUAUCAACCAAUCAUGUCUGCCACAGAGGCGCUCUAUGGUACUCUCUAUAUACAGUAGGUUUCCAGAAGCACUCUAUGGAACUCUAUAUAUACAGUAGGUUUCCAGAAGCACUCUAUAUAUACUAGAGAUGCACCGGAUCCUGAUUUUUAGGAUCCUGCCGGAUACCAGAUCCACUGCUUAAGAUCCUGCCGGAUCCGGAACCGGAUACCGGAUCCUAAGAAAGGGUUGAAACACAUAGCCAACUCGCACACGUGGGCCCUUUUUAUUACAUUGGCGCAAACUAUUUUUAAGACUGAUUGGCUUAUUGCCACACUGCCUUCAACGGCCGCUUCCAAAGGGCUUUCACUCCAUGCAGCGAUUGGGGCUGUGAAAGACUGACUGAAAAGCCUAGGCUACAUAAAAAGUAGAGAUGCCCCAGAUCCUGAUUUUUAGGUAACUGCCGGAUACCGGAUCCGCUGCUUAAGAUAAUGCCAGAUCCGGAUAGUCUGAAAAACCCUAUUAUCCUGCCGGAUCCGGAACCGGAUCUUGGAUCCUGUUCAUCUCUAAUAUAUACUAUAGGUUUCCCAUUUACAAACAUUCGUGCUGUGAGGAGGGACACGAUGCUAAACAGCCAACCACGUGAGUCCUUUGUUUGAGUGACAGCAGUUUCCAACAAUCAGAGGUUGAAGAGUGCACAGCCAGGGGCGCACAGCCAGGGAUUGUUUACAAACGGGAAACCCAUGUAUGAUGAAAUUAUUGUAUUGCUCUUUUUUCCUUCUAUGUACUUUAAAAUGAUUAUUAAAGGAAUCCAAA